CGGUUCUCUUGAAGUACUCACGGGCACAUCACAACCACCACGACUAUCCCGAGCCGCUCAGUUCCGCAUAGGCGGUGCAAUAUCUGGGCCGGGCAGGGAGACAUAUCAACCUGAGUUCCCAGUACCGUCCGAGAACACCCUCGACAUUGUUAUUGGACGGUCUUAGCAAUCGGAUACAGAGGCCAGAUAACGUCUUGGUUAUCAGUUUCCCCAAUCAAUGUCUCGACGAAUCCACUUGGAGGCGGGAUCUUCGCAGCUUCCGGAACGCGAACCUCUGCUAAGUUCGGACGACGAGAACGGCGGCAUAACGAAGAAGACGUAUGCGUCCGUAGACGUACAAGCCGUCGCGCUCAUAGAAGAUGAAGCAUUACUGAUAGAUGCCGAUGAAUCUCCGCGCAAGCGUCAGCUAGGUCCUACUAGCGCAGCUUCGUUGAUAUUCAACAGAGUCAUCGGGACAGGCAUUUUCGCAACUUCGAGCGUCAUCCUCCGCUCGUCGGGGAGCGUUGGGCUAUCGCUAAUCAUGUGGCUCCUCGGCGCGACCGUUGCCCUGUGUGGGACGGCGGUGUACAUGGAACUUGGAACGGCGCUUCCCAAGAAUGGAGGCGAGAAGAACUACCUUGAAUUCAUCUUCAGGCGGCCAAAGCUUCUAGUUACCUGCAUAUAUGCGUUGUAUGCAGUGCUUACGGGCUGGCAAGCUGCUUCCUGUUCCGUAUUCGGAGAAUACACUCUGCAUGCCCUCGACCCCACUGGAACGCCGUCUCCAAGCGUCGCCCGUGCUGCCGGGGUGUUGUGCAUCACAUUCGCCCUCCUCUUGCACGGAACGGCGCUCAAGGCGGGCCUGCGUCUGCAGAACGUGCUGGGCAUCUUCAAACUGCUGGUCCUCACAGCGAUCGCCCUGAGCGGUCUCGCUUCUCUACUCCGCAUCCCCGGAUUUAAGCUGGAGAACCCUCCGAAGAACUUCGAAUGGUCCACGAUGUGGGAUGGGAGCCUCAGCGGCGGCGCGAAUGCGUUCGUGACGGGACUCUUCAAUGUGAUCUGGUGCUUCAUCGGAUAUUCGAACGCGAACUACGCCCUCGCCGAGAUCCAGGAUCCGGUCAGGACGAUGAAACGCGCCGCUCCUUUGGCCAUGCUCUCCGUCACGCUGGUCUAUAUGCUUGUCAACGUCGCAUACUACGCGGUCGUCGAUAAGGCAGAGAUCGUCGGAAGUGGACGGAUUGCAGCUGCGCUAUACUUCGGGAAGCUGUGGGGCGUAGGUGCCGAAAGGAUUGUAAGUGUGAUCGUGGCGCUGUCAACACUUGGGAAUAUCCUUGCAGUGCUCUUUACGCACGGCCGAGUGGUUCAGGAGCUUGGGAGGGAAGGUGUCCUGCCCUUCUCCUCCCUCUUCGCUAGUAAUAAGCCAUUCAAUGCGCCUUUGGGCGGCCUUUUCGAGCAAUGGCUCGUGACGACUGCUAUCGUCCUUCUUGUACCGCCGGGAGACGCGUAUCUUUUCAUGCUCAGCCUGUCGUCCUACCCCCUCGCACUGAUCAACAUGUUCAUCUCCGGAGGUCUCCUGUUCAUCCACUUACCCGAUGCAUGGCUUACCAAGCCGCUACAAGCACUUCGCGCAUCUUACGACUGGCACCCUCCCUUUCGCGCGUGGACACCGGUCGUCUUUUUCUUUUUCGUCUCGAACGUCUUCCUCGUCGCCGUACCCCUCAUCCCACCUGCGCGCAGCUACAAGGUGUACGAUCACUUGCCAUACUGGCUGCACGUCUUGGUUUCUUGGCUGAUCUCUCUCGGAGGAGUGGCGUAUUGGUACUACUGGGUGGUGUGGGGGCCCAGGAGAGGCGGCUACGUCCUCGUUAGAGACUGGGUCAGAGACGACGAUGGUUCGACUAGGAGAGUGGUGAGGAAGGUGCAGGUAGCAGCCUUUGAUGAGUCUGAUGAGAGCCAACGCGAUGCGCCUCUACGAUGACCUCGAAGCGCUCCCUCCACGAAACGCAAAUCCGUAGCAAUUUCUGGCGCCAAGUCGUUCUCCCAUCGAUUGACAGAGCGGGAGCAUCAAGGAAUGGGACACAGUGGGGCCACCAUCGUCAGAGAGGUGUGUGCUGAGGAUUCGGCUGCAAGGUUGAAUCUUCUGGGGUUUUCGUGCGUGACCAGUAAGACGACGCGCGACUUAACGUACUUGCCAUAUUCGGAUGGCACACUUGAGCCGCGAUGACGUCGGGGUAGGAGUAGCUAUGAUGCAACCCGUUCCACUGCAAGCCACGUCCUGUCCACGGCCAGGUAUAUAGACCCCUAAUGUCAGCCCAGACGAGCCUCACAACAGCACUCUUGCAAUCUUGCUUCUAACACUACCGCUUACUAUUUCUUGUACGACAACACGACCAACACAAUGUCCGACUCUCUCACGGACCAGCGCCACAACGAUUUCGUCGGCGGUGAAGCCAGCCGGGGACGCAUCCCUGGGGCCGACAAGGCUACCACUGGCCACAACUUCGUUGCGGUUGGCGAGCUCUCUGGUCAAAAGAGACAUGCGCACCGUGCGGAGGAGCACCUGCCUCCUUCGACCGGCCGUGACGCCCCGCCCGCAGGUGGCGUAGCACCCGGUACUCGCGCUGCCGUCGCAGGGAACCUGCCAUCUGACAUCCUCAGCGCGAGAGGGAACGCACCGCGUCAACCCUCACCGGUACGCCGUACCGACGGCACCCC